AUGGAAAGCAUUUCGAAGAAAAGCGGAAAUUAUAAUAUUCCAAAACAGUUCGUUUCGCCUGCAUUAAAAAUUUCCACCAGUCCCAUAAAAGUAAACGCGUUUGAAGCUUAAUUUGGUAAAUAUACCCAAAUCGAGCAGUUUUAACCUGAAAUUUUGGACCCAGGCGAAAAAAGGUUAGUCGAACCUUUUGGGGUCGACAGUUGGGGCUCUCUCGCGUCAGCCAAAAAAUGUUGCAAAAAGUGCAAAUACUGCAAACAAAAACGUAUAUAAAUGGGGUGAAAAUACUGUUACUGCAUAUACGGCCAUAAAGAGAAAAACAAACAAAGAAAUUCUAUGGGAUGACUUUGAACGGUCAUGGCGUAUGGACCUUUCCGGCUUCACCAAAAACGGCACAUUUAAUACAGAAGGCGGGCCGGACGCGGAUAUAUUCAUUUACCAUUACCAAAUAUAUAUUUUAGCAAAUCGUUAUAAAAUUAUUCGACUAAUGGACGUAUUACUGCAAAAGCUCCACCAAAUUUUGGUUAAAUCCAAAAUAUUUAAAAAUAAUUUUAACGAUAUCGUGGCACUGGUACGAUUUUAUUAUAGAAAAUUGGUUCCCGAAAAAUUGAGACAAAUAGUAAUCCAUUAUACUUCCUGUAACGUGGAAAGCUUGUGGAAAAUUAAGGAAUUUUAGGAGCUUACGGAGGAAUAUGGCG